CUUUAGCUAUCGGAAAGGAAAGUUGGCUUGGAGAAAAAGGAAACCUAUUCUGUAAAUGAUCCCUUAAAGCACCUUCGAUUCUUGCUUUCUCUGCUUCAAACCAUUUCGGCGAAACGAGUGACGACGCAUACCUUUUCUUUCUUAUUUUCUCCGUCAGGAUAACAAAUAAUGUCUCGAAGGUAUGAUAGCCGAACAACGAUCUUCUCUCCAGAAGGCCGUCUUUACCAAGUUGAAUAUGCAAUGGAGGCAAUUGGAAAUGCCGGUUCUGCAAUUGGGAUAUUAUCUAAAGAUGGGGUUGUCUUGGUAGGUGAAAAGAAGGUUACAUCCAAACUCCUGCAGACCUCAACUUCCACUGAGAAGAUGUACAAAAUUGAUGAUCAUGUUGCAUGUGCUGUGGCUGGAAUUAUGUCCGACGCCAACAUAUUGAUCAACACCGCAAGGGUUCAAGCCCAACGCUACACUUAUGCUUACCAAGAGCCAAUGCCUGUUGAGCAACUGGUUCAAUCUCUCUGUGAUACGAAGCAAGGCUACACGCAAUUUGGUGGUCUACGCCCCUUUGGUGUUUCUUUUCUUUUUGCAGGAUGGGAUAAGAAUUAUGGCUUCCAACUUUACAUGAGUGACCCGAGUGGAAACUAUGGUGGUUGGAAGGCUGCUGCAAUUGGUGCCAACAACCAGGCAGCACAGUCAAUGCUUAAACAGGAUUACAAGGAUGAUAUCACUAGGGAAGAGGCCAUCCAGCUAGCACUUAAGGUGCUUAGCAAAACCAUGGACAGCACAAGUCUUACUUCUGACAAGCUUGAAUUAGCUGAGGUUUUCCUCUCACCUGCUGGAAAUGUCAAGUAUCAAGUUUGCUCACCAGAGUCCCUAAGCAAGUUGUUGGUGAAGUCUGGUUUGACUCAACCAGCUGCUGAGGCUUCCUAGACACUUUAUUUUGGACGUAACACCUCCUUUUCGAUGUUGCACUUGUGCUUGGCCUGGCAUGUCUCAUGGUCCUUCAUAUUACUUGAACUGAACAGCGGUGGUAUGUUAUGUUUUUGGAUUGACAGAUUAUCUUUAUCAUUUUAAAAGUUUUCUCCUGUCUUUUGUGUAACCGUGUUAGGAACACUGGUCAUUGUCUCUACAAUGCACAAUUAUCGAGUUAUUUUAUUGUGUUAUCUCU